AUGCAUUGGCAAUUGUUAUAUUUUAUUAUAUUAUUAUCAAUAACAAUAAUUCAAUCAAAAACAAUCGACGAUUGUUUUUAUGCUUCUAUAAUUGAUGAUCGUGAUCCAAAUGAGAAACUUUUAUUUCGAACAAAUUAUUUAACACCAUAUUGUCGACAUCCAUUAUCAAUCGAUUCUAUUAAUAAAAUACAAGGAUAUAUAGAAAAUACAUAUACAUUUAAAAAUUUAAGUUUAAAAGGAAUUACAAGUGAAGAUCUUCUUCAAUGGUCAAUAUCAUUUGAUAUAAUUGAACAAUAUUCUAUAUAUCUCAUUGAAAAUGAUACAAAAUUUGAUGAAUUUAUUUUUAAUAAUUGUUCAUCAUUAUGGUUUGGUUCGAAUUGUCAAUAUACAUUUAAUUUUAGUAUGUCUAUUGAAUCAUUUGGAGAUUUUUUAAAUUCGUCGUUUAAAGCUCGUAAACAAUAUAAAAAAAAACUAUUGAUCCAUACUUGUUAUCUUCAUUUGUCUGGAUGUUAUCGUGGCCUUGAGCCGAUGUGUUUAGAUUGGCGUGAAAUAUGUAAUGGAAAAAUUGAUUGUAUUGGAGAUAAUUUUGGUAUCGAUGAAGAAUAUUGUAAUGAACUUGAAAUAACUGAAUGUAAUGAAGACGAAUAUCGAUGUCAUAAUGGAGCACAAUGUAUUCCACAUGAAUUCUUUCGUGAUGGUGCAACAAGUAAAGAUUGUUUGGAUGGAACAGAUGAAGCUGAAAAUUUGAAAAUAUCGGAUUUUUGGGCUAAGGAUUACUCUUUAGAUUGCAUCGAAUUAACGAUAUUCGCUUGUGAAGAGAGAACAUGUCGUCAACCACAUGCAUUUUCAUGUGGCGAUGGAAGUUGUUCGCCACUUUAUCCCUAUAUUAAUCUUGUUGAAGAUAACCCGGAAGGAUGUCCAAGUACAGGUCGUGCUGUCUACUAUAGUCAAGCAAUUUAUAAAUCAGCCAAACAAUAUUCGAACGAUUGUUAUCUUUUAUUAUUCUGUAAACUCGGUUUUUAUGAUAUUCUCAAAAAUGAUACAUACAAUAUAACAGAUUGUUCAAGUGAAAAUUUAUCAUUAAAAAAUUGUACAUUAGAAUAUCUUUCAUUUCCUCGUGAACCUAUUCUCAAUGGUUAUUUUCAACCUAUGUAUUACACUCGAUAUUUUAACAAGCCCGUUAUUGAUAAAUGGCCAGCAUACAUCUGUACUGAUCCACGAUUAUGUUUACAUUUACCAAAUGCAACAAGACAUAUCAAUGGUUUACAUUGUCGUCGAGCUCCUGUAUAUGACUCUGACGUUCCGUUUUUGUCAAUUGCAUUAAAGGAAGAUGCUACGAUUUGUGCAUUCAUGGGAAAUAUUAAUGAAUAUAAAUCAAAUUCAUCUUUAUUUUAUUGUGAAAAAUCUCGUAAAUAUAUAUCAAAACAUCGUCUCAUUGAUGGUAUUCCGGAUUGUUAUUAUGACGAAGAUGAAAGUUAUAGUGCUAGUUGUUCAUUAAAUGAUACUCAACGUUUUAAUUGUACAUCAGAAACAAAAUGUUUAUCACCUGUAGGUAUUGGUCGUGAUCAACCUCAAUGCAAAGAUGAAGAAGAUGCAAAACGUGACAACUCAGAAAUACUUGUAUAUUCACGUCUUUGUAAUCACGUACUUAGUUAUCCAGAAUUAUCACCAGAAGAUGGCGAAGAUGACGAAACCAAUUGUGAAUGGUGGCCUUGUCAUACACCAUACACUCGAUGUGAUAAUAUCUUUCAAUGUGCUAAUGGUAUCGAUGAAUUGAAUUGUCCUAAUAUUAAUUGUAAUAUUAAUGAAUUUAAAUGUCAAAUUAAGAAGUCAAGUAAUUAUUAUUGUAUUUCUCAAGAAUAUAUUUAUGAAAAACCAGUCGAUUGUAUUAAUCAUGAUUUUCAUUCUAGUCUUUGGCGAACGAUAUUUUAUUCAAAUAAUUUAACUUUUAAUAUCAAUCAACAAUAUAUCUCAUGGAAAGAAAAAACUUGUUUAACAAAAAAUGAUAUUUGUGAUGAUUCAUCGACUAAUGAUCAACAAUUAAUAUGUAAUAUCGUUGAAAAAGAAAGCAUUCGUUUUAACUCGGACUUCUCAAUAGAUUUGUAUAAUAAUGGAACAUUAUGUCAGCUGGCAGAUAAUGAUGCUAUCUGUGACCCUGGUUUUUAUUAUUUUUCUACAUGGAAUUUAGGAUAUUUUCCACCGAUAAUAAAUUCAACAUUAUCAACAUCUCAACCAUUUAUUAAUACUAAGCUAAAGAAAAAAGCUCUCAAAAUUAAUACCAGUAUUGAAUUAAUUGAAUAUUGUAAUCGUGGAAUUGUUAUAUUUGAAGGAAAAUCUUACGAAAAGACAUGUUUAUGUCCACCUAAUUAUUACGGUGAUCGAUGUCAGUGGCAAAAUCAACGUGUUAGUUUAACACUUCAAAUACGUCCAUUAGGUUCAUAUGAAAAAAAACUUUCUAUUUAUCAUAUUUUUAUUUAUUUAAUUGAUGAACAAAAUGGAAUAAUACAUAAUUAUGAAGAAAUAAAUUAUAUUCAAUCAAUAGAUUGUAAUACAAAAUACAAUCGUUAUUUACUUUAUCCUGAUCGACCAAAAAAUCUUAAUUAUACAUAUUCAGUACGUAUAGAUAUUUAUGAAAAAGUAACUUUAAGUUAUUAUGGAAGUUGGCAUUUAUCUAUUCGAUUUCCAUUCUUACCAGUUAAUCGUAUAUCAACACAAAUUCGUAUUCCAUUAGAAAAAUCUCAAUUAUUAACAAAUUGUUCAAUUCAAUGUGAAACAAAUGGAAAGUGUUUUAAAUAUAUUAAUUCAACAAAAGAAUUUUGUCAUUGUGAUCAAGGUUAUUCAGGCCGAUUUUGUAAUAUAACAUAUCAGCAUUUAUGUUCAUCUGAUUCAAUUCCUGUAAAUUCAUUAAUUUGUUUAUGUCCAUUAAAUAAAUUUGGCUCAAAAUGUUAUUUACAACAUAAACAUUGCCAAUCGAAUAAUAAUUUAUGUCAAAAUAAUGGUCAAUGUAUAUCUGAUAAUAAUCAUAUACAUCAUGAUGGUUUUAUUUGUUUAUGUCCUGAAAAUUUUACAGGAUCUUAUUGUGAAUUUCAAUCAAAUAAAAUAAAUAUUAAUUUUAAAAUCGAUUCAAUCCCAUCAUUCAUCAUUGCACAUUAUAUAAUUGCAUUUGAAGACAAAACACAUGAAAGAAUAACAACGUUUAAAAAAAUUCCAUUUGAUCAAUAUUCAAUUGAAUUAUAUUAUACAACUCCAUUUAAUUUAUUAUUUAUUGAAUUUUCAAAGAAUUAUUAUCUUACUGUAGUAAGAGAACAACCAACUUCAUCUGAAAAUAUUUUUACAAAUAUAAAUCAAGAUAAUAAAUGUGAAAAUAUAACGAAAUUGUUAAAUUCAACAAUACUUAAUUACACAAAUCUUCGUCGAUUAAAAUAUUAUCAAUUACCAUGCAUAGAAAAUCUCAGAUUAAAAUGUUUUUAUGAUGAACAAUAUAUGUGUGUUUGUGAUAAAAAUCGAUAUUCAAAUUGUUUUGAUUUUGAUCAUAAUACACAUUAUAAUUGUCAAGGUAAUAAUUUAUGUGGAAAGAAUGGUGAAUGUUUUCAAAAUAAUAUAACUUGUCCAUCAAUAUCAAUAUGUAAAUGUAAUAAAUGUUAUUAUGGAAGUAAAUGUGAAUUAAAUACUAUAGGUUUUAGUUCAUCACUUGAUAUUAUAUUUGGAUAUCACAUUAAACCAUUUAUUUCAUUUACAAAACAAUCCACUGCAGUGAAAAUAGCAGCAUCAAUAACAAUUUUAAUGUUAAUAUUUAGUAUUAUUAAUGGAUUAUUAUCUAUAUUAACAUUUAAAAACGAAUCUGUACUUAAAGUAGGUUGUGGAAUAUAUUUAUUAACAAAUUCAUUUAUAUCAAUAUUAACAAUAACUAUAUUUACAAUAAAAUAUUUUCAACUUAUUGUUUUUCAAAUGAAAUCUAUAAGAAAUCUAUCAUUUAUUAAUUUUAGUUGUAUAUUAACUGAUAUAUUAUUAAAAAUUCUUCUUAGUUUUGGUGAUUGGUUAAAUGUAUGUGUUGCUACUGAAAGAACAUUUACUGCUAUACAAGGAAUAUCUUUUAAUCAAUUAAAAAGUAAAUCUAUAGCUAAAUAUGUUAUACCAAUAAUAUUCUGUUUAAUAACUAUAUCUUAUAUUCAUGAUCCAAUAUCUCGUCGAAUACUCGAUGAUAAUGAUGAACAAAGAAUAUGGUGUAUUCUUGAAUAUUCAACAAAUUUAAAAAAAUAUGAUAAAUUUAUAAAUAUAUUUCAUAUUUUUAUACCAUUCAUAAUCAAUAUAUUAUCUGCUAUAUGUAUUAUUAUUCAAGUAUUUCGAAUACGUUUAAAAAUAAAGAAAAAAUCAAAAUAUAAACAACUUCUUGUUAUUCAAAUUCAACAAUAUAAACAUCUUCUUAUAUCACCAUGUAUUUUAAUAGUAUUAUCUAUUCCUCGUUUAAUUAUUUCAUUUUUAUCUGGAUGUAUGAAAUCAAUACGUAAUCCAUGGAUAUAUUUAAUCGGAUAUUAUAUUUCAUUUAUACCACCAUUACUUAUUAUUGUUUUAUUCAUUUUACCUUCAAAAACAUACAAAAAAGAAUUUAUAUCGAUUAUAGGAAAAAUAAAUUUUUUCUCAAAAUAA